AUUGAAAGGUCUUAUAAAUUAUGGACUAGUGUCAUGUGAGUGAAGAAACAUGAACUACUUACAAAAUGAAGAAAGCUUCUCCUUCAAAUCUACUUCUUCUUCCAAAGCCGGGCUUUUUUCCGAUGACGAAGAAGGCGGUGUUUUUGAAUUAUCUCUGCCACCACAACCAUCCUUGAUCACUAAAACCAAUGACGAUAUUCAUGAAAAAGAAGAGGAAUUCGAAUUUUGCUCCUCACUGAAUUCAUCUUCUACCCUUGUCAACUUUCCCGUUUCCACUUUCCACCAUCCCAAGCCAGCCACAAUCACCUCCUCCACUACUGCAGACAUCCAUAUUGAAAAUCAUUAUCAUUUCAAAUAUCAUAAAAAGAUUAAUAGUUUAUUUAGUAUAAAUCAUGGAUGCAUGAUUCGAAGCCCACGAUGUCAUCAAGGCCAAGAAGUAACACGGUUGCGGAUAUUUGAUAAAACUCAACGCAAUUCAACAAGGUUUAGUGGCAUAAGGAAAAUCAUGGUGAAACUAACAUCCAUCAAGACCAUUUUACGAGAUACAAAAUCCCGAUCACUUCAGCAGUCACCGACAGACAAAGUCAACAAGAAGAUUCCCAUGGACAGCAAACCAAAUAAAUUAGACAUUCAAAGAGACUCUAGCCAUAUGGUCAACAAAAAUAACAAGAACCGAAACAAGCAAGAGGAGAAAUUAUCAAAAAGUGGUUUUAAUAAGAUGUUUGGUGGGUUUAUGAAGAAUAUAGGCAUACGUCGAAGGUCGAAACACGUGGGUAGUAAAAGUUGUCCAGUCUCAAUCAAAUCUUCACCAAUGCAUGAUAAUGAUGUUCGGAAUACUUGUGAUGAACGAAGGAGUUCGUUUUACUCGAAAGAUCAUUCCAUUCAGGGAGCUAUUGCUCACUGCAAAAAAUCUUUCGGAAAAUGA